AUCUGUGCUGCGUCACGUGUGGCUCCUCCUUUUCCUGUCGUCAUGGCGCCGAUCAAACAGAAGAAGUCAGUUGUGGGCAAAAAGUCCAAAAAAGGAGCGACGUGGAAGUUCACCUUGGACUUGACGCACCCCGUGGAGGACGGCAUCCUGGACUCUGCCAACUUCGAGACCUUCCUCAAAGAAAGGAUAAAGGUCAACGGGAAGAUGGGGAACCUGGGUAAUGUGGUCCAGGUCGGCCGCAUGAAGAACAAGAUCAGUGUCACGUCCGAGAAGCAGUUUUCUAAAAGGUACCUGAAGUACCUGACCAAGAAGUACCUGAAGAAGAACAACCUGCGUGAUUGGCUGAGGGUGGUGGCGUCCAACAAGGAGACAUACGAGCUGCGAUACUUCCAGAUCAGUCAGGACGACGAUGAGUCUGAAGCUGACGAGUAAAUAAAC